CUGGCGGUUUGUACUCUUCCUUCCCAAUGAGAAAAAAAGGCAGCCGCUGGGCUCCGGUGGCCAAUGGGAAGCGGCGGCGCCGGGUUGUCAGGCAGGUUUGCCGGAGUCCCGGCCAAUCGGAGGCGCAGACGCCGCUCGACCCGAGCGCAGCGCGCAGGCGGCGGCGGAGAGACGCCGAGCGGGCCGAGUGCGGCCGAGCAGGAGCCGGAGCGGGGCCGCGGGCGUGGGGCCGGGCCGGACGGGCCGAGAUGCCCUAUAAACUGAAGAAAGAGAAGGAGCCCCCCAAGCUUGCCAAAGGCGCAGCAAAGCCCAGCAGCUCUGGCAAGGAUGGCGGCGGCGGCGAGAGCACUGAGGAGGCCCAGCCGCAGCCGCAGCCACAGCCACCAUCGUCCAACAAGCGCCCCAGCAACAGCACGCCGCCCCCCACACAGCUUAGCAAGAUCAAGUACUCGGGGGGGCCCCAGAUCGUCAAGAAGGAGCGCAGGCAAAGCUCCUCCCGCUUCAACCUCAGCAAGAACCGCGAGCUGCAGAAGCUUCCGGCCCUGAAAGACUCGCCCACCCAGGAGCGGGAGGAGCUGUUCAUCCAGAAGCUGCGCCAGUGCUGCGUCCUCUUUGACUUCGUGUCGGACCCCCUCAGCGACCUCAAGUUCAAGGAGGUGAAGCGGGCAGGACUCAAUGAGAUGGUGGAGUACAUCACCCACAGCCGCGACGUGGUCACCGACGCCAUCUACCCGGAAGCUGUCACCAUGUUCUCUGUCAACCUCUUCCGGACGCUGCCUCCGUCGUCCAACCCCACCGGGGCUGAGUUUGACCCGGAGGAGGAUGAGCCAACUCUGGAGGCUGCCUGGCCCCAUCUCCAGCUCGUGUAUGAGUUUUUCUUACGUUUCCUCGAGUCUCCUGAUUUUCAGCCAAAUAUAGCCAAGAAGUACAUUGACCAGAAGUUCGUCCUUGCUCUCCUCGACCUGUUCGACAGUGAGGACCCUCGAGAGCGGGACUUCCUCAAGACCAUCCUGCAUCGCAUCUACGGCAAGUUCCUGGGGCUCCGGGCUUACAUCCGCAGGCAGAUCAACCACAUCUUCUACAGGUUUAUCUACGAGACAGAACAUCAUAAUGGGAUCGCGGAGCUCCUGGAGAUCCUGGGCAGCAUCAUCAACGGCUUUGCCCUGCCCCUGAAGGAAGAGCAUAAGAUGUUCCUCAUCCGGGUCCUGCUGCCCCUCCACAAGGUCAAGUCCUUGAGUGUCUACCACCCUCAGCUGGCCUACUGUGUGGUCCAGUUCCUGGAGAAGGAAAGCAGCCUGACAGAGCCGGUGAUCGUAGGCCUCCUCAAGUUCUGGCCCAAGACACACAGCCCUAAGGAGGUGAUGUUCCUGAAUGAGCUGGAGGAGAUCCUGGAUGUCAUCGAGCCUUCUGAGUUCAGCAAGGUGAUGGAGCCGCUCUUCCGCCAGCUGGCCAAGUGCGUGUCCAGCCCCCACUUCCAGGUGGCGGAGCGCGCGCUCUAUUACUGGAACAAUGAGUACAUCAUGAGCCUCAUCAGCGACAACGCCGCCCGGGUCCUCCCCAUCAUGUUCCCCGCGCUCUACCGGAACUCCAAGAGCCACUGGAACAAGACAAUCCAUGGACUGAUCUACAACGCCCUGAAGCUGUUUAUGGAGAUGAAUCAGAAGCUGUUUGAUGAUUGCACCCAACAGUACAAGGCCGAGAAGCAGAAGGGCCGGUUCCGAAUGAAGGAAAAAGAAGAGAUGUGGCAAAAGAUCGAGGAGCUGGCCCGGCUGAAUCCCCAGUACCCCAUGUUCCGAACACCCCCACCACUGCCUCCGGUGUACUCCAUGGAGACAGAGACCCCCACGGCAGAGGACAUCCAGCUCCUGAAGAGGACAGUAGAGACCGAGGCCGUGCAGAUGCUGAAGGACAUCAAGAAGGAGAAAGUGCUGCUCCGGCGGAAGUCCGAGCUGCCCCAGGAUGUGUACACCAUCAAGGCACUGGAGGCGCACAAGCGGGCAGAAGAGUUUCUGACGGCCAGCCAGGAGGCGCUCUGACCCCCUCGCCCCCCACCUCGGGGCCACAGCCCACCCGAGCCCCCCAACCCCCCCACUCCCCACCGGCUGACUCAACUCGGGGCAAGGCCGUGCCUCUCUAGCUACUCUGAGGGAGGGGGAGGGGGGCCCGACACUUUAAGCGAGGACACACUCCUGUGGUCCCGCUUCUCCCUCAAGUGUGUUCUUGCCUCCCUGUGGCUAGUCCUGACAGGCUGAGCGCUGCCACGCCCGGUGCUCAGGCGACCUGGGGAUGCCCGGCCCCCCUCCCGCUCCUAACCCCACCGCUGCCUCGAGCACCAUCCUCCAUCCCUCAUCCUCACUGGACUCCAGGGGGCUCUUCCUCUCCUCCCGCCAAGGGUUAUCCAGGGAGAGCAGAUGAUUCUCACCAAAGUUAUGUAGUAAGUCCCAAUGGCCCCUUGGAGUGGCUGGAGGGGGGCCAACCCCCAACAGCACAAAUACACCCCGCCCCCCCCAGCCGCAGACUGACAGGAUCUGGGGUCAUUUUAUUUCCCCUGGUACCCGCCCCCCCACACACACACACAUACACUCCCUUGCUUGACCAAGUCAAGGAGAGGUCAAAGGGAGGAAAAUGAAUUACAGGACAAUAGGUGAUGGCCACAGGGCCCAGGUGGCUCGAGAGAAGGGGGUAAACAGGAUGUGCCCCCCGUGCCCCCCUUUUUGGUGAACAGCAGUCCUGGAAUCAUACAUGAAGGGACCAUGGGGGGCUGCUGAUCGCUUGCUCGAGCUGUUGGUUCCCAGGAGGACGGAAGCAGGAGGCAGAGCCCAGGCAUAGCUCCCCAUGGCGCCAGUUCAUUCUGAGCCAACGCGGGGCAGGCCCCAAGGUCCCUUCUGACACCACAGAGCAGGGCGGCAAGGGACCGGAGAGACAGACCCAGGCUGAGGGGCACGGACAGCUCCUGGCUGUGUACAUGGGGUGCUUUAUUCUCCAGAGUGAUACAUGCUGAGGUGGGCUGGGCUUGGGCCGAUGUCCCCAUAUGUACAGAACUGAAUAAAGUGGGUCUCUAAGAA